AUCUCUGCUUAGCCACUUCCCCAUCACCUCUGCUGCGCCUCACCCAGGCACUGGGACCUCAGGUAGCCACCUGCCCCUAGCUGAGGCUGCAGCUGCGAGAAGGCCCAGCACCCUCUCCUCCCAGUGCGACAAGCAGAAUGGGCGACAUGGCCAACAGUUCCAUUGAGUUCCAUCCCAAGCCCCAGCAGCAACGGGAGGCCCCCCAAGCAGGUGGCUUUGGGUGCACGCUGGCUGAGCUGCGCUCCCUCAUGGAGCUCCGAGGGGCCGAGGCGCUGCAGAAGGUCCAGGAAACCUAUGGGGAUGUCAGCGGGCUCUGCAAGAGGCUGAAGACCUCACCCACAGAGGGCCUGGCCGACAACGCCAAUGACUUGGAGAAGCGCAGGCAGAUCUACGGGCAGAACUUCAUUCCUCCCAAGCAGCCCAAGACCUUCCUGCAGCUGGUGUGGGAGGCCCUGCAGGACGUGACCCUCAUCAUCCUGGAGGUGGCUGCCAUCAUCUCCCUGGGCCUCUCGUUCUAUGCGCCACCAGGAGAGGAGAGCGAAGCAUGCGGGAAUGUGUCAGCCGGGACAGAAGACGAAGGGGAGGCUGAGGCCGGCUGGAUCGAGGGGGCCGCCAUUCUGCUGUCUGUAGUCUGCGUGGUGCUCGUCACGGCCUUCAAUGACUGGAGCAAGGAGAAGCAGUUCCGGGGCCUGCAGAGCCGCAUCGAGCAGGAGCAGAAGUUCACAGUCAUCCGCAAUGGGCAGCUCCGCCAGGUCCCUGUGGCUGCGCUGGUGGUGGGGGACAUCGCCCAGGUCAAGUAUGGAGACCUGCUGCCUGCCGACGGCGUGCUCAUCCAGGGCAACGACCUCAAGAUCGACGAGAGCUCCCUGACUGGCGAGUCGGACCACGUGCGAAAGUCAGCCGACAAAGACCCCAUGCUGCUCUCAGGCACUCAUGUCAUGGAAGGUUCUGGAAGAAUGGUGGUGACGGCUGUUGGUGUGAACUCCCAGACAGGCAUCAUCUUUACCUUGCUUGGAGCUGGCGGAGAGGAGGAGGAGAAGAAGGAUAAGAAAGGCAAGCAGCAGGAUGGGGCGAUGGAGAGUAGCCAGACCAAAGCUAAGAAGCAGGAUGGGGCGGUUGCCAUGGAAAUGCAGCCCCUGAAGAGUGCAGAGGGCGGGGAGAUGGAGGAGCGGGAGAAGAAGAAAGCCAACGUGCCCAAGAAAGAGAAGUCUGUCCUUCAGGGCAAGCUCACCAAACUGGCUGUGCAGAUCGGGAAAGCAGGGCUGGUGAUGUCCGCCAUCACUGUCAUCAUCCUGGUCCUCUACUUUGUGAUCGAGACCUUCGUUGUCGAUGGCCGGGUAUGGCUGGCAGAGUGCACACCAGUCUACGUGCAGUACUUCGUGAAGUUCUUCAUCAUCGGUGUCACGGUGCUGGUUGUGGCUGUCCCGGAGGGCCUCCCUCUUGCUGUCACCAUCUCCUUAGCUUACUCUGUCAAGAAAAUGAUGAGGGACAACAACCUGGUCCGCCACCUGGAUGCCUGCGAGACCAUGGGCAAUGCCACGGCCAUCUGCUCGGACAAGACAGGCACGCUCACCACCAACCGUAUGACCGUGGUCCAGUCCUACCUCGGGGACAGCCACUACAAGGAGAUUCCGGCCCCCAGCGCCCUGACCCCCAAGAUCCUUGACCUCCUGGUCCACGCCAUCUCCAUCAACAGUGCCUACACCACCAAAAUACUACCUCCAGAGAAGGAAGGCGCUCUCCCACGUCAAGUGGGCAACAAGACAGAGUGUGCCCUGCUGGGCUUCGUCCUGGACCUGAAGCGGGACUUCCAGCCUGUACGGGAGCAGAUUCCGGAAGACAAGCUUUACAAAGUGUACACCUUCAACUCGGUCCGCAAGUCCAUGAGCACGGUCAUCCGCCUACCCAACGGCGGCUUCCGCCUCUUCAGCAAGGGCGCCUCGGAGAUCCUACUGAAAAAGUGCACCAACAUGUUAAACAGCAAUGGAGAACUGUGCAGCUUUCGCCCUCGGGACCGGGACGACAUGGUAAAGAAGAUCAUCGAGCCCAUGGCUUGCGAUGGUCUCCGCACCAUCUGCAUCGCCUACCGGGACUUCUCUGCUGCCCAGGAGCCUGACUGGGACAACGAGAACGAGGUCGUGGGCGACCUCACCUGCAUAGCCGUCGUGGGCAUCGAGGACCCUGUGCGACCUGAGGUCCCUGAAGCUAUCCGCAAAUGCCAGCGUGCUGGCAUUACAGUCCGCAUGGUGACCGGGGACAACAUCAACACGGCCCGGGCCAUUGCGGCCAAGUGUGGCAUCAUCCAGCCAGGGGAGGACUUCCUGUGCCUGGAGGGGAAGGAAUUCAACCGUCGGAUCCGCAAUGAGAAAGGCGAGAUAGAACAGGAGCGCCUGGACAAGGUGUGGCCCAAGCUGAGGGUCCUCGCCCGAUCAUCUCCCACUGACAAGCACACUCUGGUCAAAGGGAUUAUCGACAGCACCACUGGCGAGCAGCGACAGGUGGUGGCCGUGACAGGGGACGGCACCAACGAUGGGCCAGCCCUCAAGAAGGCGGAUGUGGGCUUCGCCAUGGGCAUUGCAGGGACUGACGUGGCCAAGGAGGCCUCGGACAUCAUCCUGACUGAUGACAACUUCACCAGCAUCGUCAAGGCAGUCAUGUGGGGCCGCAACGUGUACGACAGCAUCUCAAAGUUCCUGCAGUUCCAGCUGACAGUCAAUGUGGUGGCCGUGAUCGUGGCUUUCACGGGCGCCUGCAUUACUCAGGACUCUCCUCUCAAAGCUGUACAGAUGUUGUGGGUGAACUUGAUCAUGGACACGUUUGCCUCUCUGGCCCUGGCGACAGAGCCACCUACCGAGUCACUGCUGCUGCGGAAGCCAUACGGCAGGGACAAGCCCCUGAUCUCCCGCACCAUGAUGAAGAACAUACUAGGCCAUGCAGUCUACCAGCUCUCCAUCAUCUUCACACUGCUCUUUGUGGGGGAGCUCUUCUUCGACAUUGACAGCGGGAGGAAUGCGCCCCUGCACUCACCGCCCUCGGAGCACUACACCAUCAUCUUCAACACCUUCGUCAUGAUGCAGCUCUUCAAUGAGAUCAACGCCCGCAAGAUCCAUGGCGAGCGCAACGUGUUCCACGGCAUCUUCAGCAAUCCCAUCUUCUGUGCCAUCGUCCUGGGCACCUUUGCAAUUCAGAUUGUCAUCGUCCAGUUUGGUGGGAAGCCCUUCAGCUGCUCCCCACUGUCCACGGAGCAGUGGCUCUGGUGCCUGUUUGUUGGCGUUGGGGAGCUGGUCUGGGGACAGGUCAUCGCCACCAUCCCCACCAGCCAGCUCAAGUGCCUGAAGGAAGCAGGGCAUGGGCCUGGGAAGGAUGAGAUGGCUGACGAGGAGCUGGCCGAGGGGGAGGAAGAGAUCGACCACGCCGAGCGGGAGCUCCGCAGAGGCCAGAUCCUCUGGUUCCGGGGCCUCAACCGGAUCCAGACGCAGAUGGAGGUAGUGAGUACCUUCAAGAGAAGCGGUUCAUUUCAGGGUGCUGUGCGCCGGCGGUCUUCAGUCCUCAGCCAGCUCCAUGACGUAACCAAUCUUUCUACCCCUACUCACCUAAUUCUCUCUAUCCGGGUGGUGAAAGCCUUCCGUAGCUCACUCUAUGAAGGCCUGGAGAAACCGGAAUCCAAGACCUCCAUCCACAACUUCAUGGCAGCGCCCGAGUUUCUGAUCAAUGACUACACCCACAACAUCCCGCUCAUUGAUGACACGGACGUGGACGAGAACGAAGACCGUCUGCGGGCCCCCCCACCCCCGUCCCCCAACCAGAACAACAACGCCAUAGACAGCGGCAUCUACCUGACCACGCACGGCACCAAGUCAGCUACCUCGUCAGUGUUUUCUUCCAGACCCGGGAGCCCGCUCCACAGCGUGGAGACGUCCCUCUAAGCAGAACUGAUCUCGGCACGCGCACACCUGCACACACACACGCACUCGGGCGGGCAGCACAGGCCUGCAAGGAGGGAUCAGCCAAGAGACUUGCAGGAAGCCAAUCCAUUCAAGGCUUCUUACCCGGACCGAGGACAUGGAGGAGGAGCAGGAGGAGGAGGACGACGAAGGAGAAACUAGAGAGC